AUGGAUCCAAUAAAACGAUCACCAAACGUUGAUGACAAGAUCAUCUUUCAAACCCAUAAACACUCUGCACUUGUCUCCAAGAAACUUCAGAGUUUCUAUCAAGAAAAUGAGUUAUUCGACACUGUGAUCAUUGCAGGAAGCGAUCAUGUCAAUAUCCAUGCUCAUAGUGUUGUCUUGUGCUCAUUGAGUGAGUACUUCUUGCAAAUAUUCCGUAGGACUAAAAGAACUUCAAAGGAAAACAUUGUUGAAAUUAAAGAAAUCAAUGCUUCAACAUUGAAACUUGUUAUUGAUUUCAUGUAUUCGGGUGCGAUUGAAUUAGAUUUACGAACUGUUGAGCAAUUUUUGCGAGCUGCAUCGUUUCUAAAGUUGAACACUUUAGUUGAUGGUUGCUGUGAAUUGAUUGAGAAAAAUAUCGAUUUCAACAACUCUUUACAUUGGUUCCGUUUGGCUAAGGAACUGAGCCUAAGUAGUCUGAAAAACAAGUCUUUGGAAUGUACUUACAUUCACUUUGAGAAAAUAUCAAAGGAGAAAGAGUUUAUGAUGUUGAAUGAAAAUGAAUUGAAGGAUUUGUUCAACGAUAAUCCCCAUGGAGACUUCGAAGAAGAAGUCUUCCUGUCCAUGGUAGCAUGGAUAAAUUAUGAUAAACCUAAACGUGAACUUUUAGUUUUCGAGCUUCUGUCAAAAGUUCGUUUUUGGGUAUUAACGCCCAAGUUCAUUGUUGAAAACAGACAUUCAGUUUGUAAGACUGUCGAAAGCUACGAAUUAAUUUGCGGUUGGCUUCAAUGGCAUUUGUCACCGGAAACUCGGUCAAACAACUAUUCCAAUUGUACUUUCAAGCCAAGGCAGAAGCCUAAGCUUGCAGUUGUAGACAGCUUUUUUUCCCAUACACAUAAACAUCGGAGUAUUAAAAUUCGAACUUUUAACCCAAAAAGAAAUUCAUGGGCAGAAGAAAUUGAAAAAUAUAUCGAUUCUAAAAAACAGGAUUUUUCAGCAAUUGAGAUAGACAGAAAGCUAAUUAUGGUUGGAGGGAAGGAUAAUGGUGGAUGGAGCAAUAGCGUGGAGUAUUUCAAUUUGGAUACUUUUGUGUGGGGUAGUUUACCUCCAAUGAUAAAUUCACCCAAACAGUGUUGCCAAUUAGUGGAUUUGAAAGGACAUUUGUGUGUGUUUGCUGAUGGCGAAGAUACUGACUCGUAUUCAAUGGAGAUAUAUAACUUUUCAACAUGCAAAUGGCAGGAUAUAUACCCGCUUUCUGAACCAAGCAUAAACAGCCAAAUAGCUGCCCACAAUGGGGUAUUAUACAUUCUUGAUUUUUAUAACGGCUUGUUGCAAACUUAUGAGGUCUCAACAAAUAAAUGGACCUCGAGAACUAUUAAGAAAAAUUCAUUGACAAAUUUUGGCCUUGCUGCAAUCGAUGGAUUCUUGUACGUCAUCGGUGGCGGUCGUUAUGAUAACGACGAAUGCGAAGAAUCCGAUGAAAAUCAUGAAGAUAACGACGAUGAAGACAGUGAUGAUGAAAAUAACGAAACAGGCUAUAGAAAAAUUGUUCAACGCUACGAUUUAACAAAUGAUUGCUGGUGUGAAAUGGCAUCAUUACCAUAUUUACAAUUGGAUCCAUUUAUUAAAACCAAAGUUCUUGAAAAUAAAAUUAUAGCAUGCGAUACCUACAAUGUUUUCGAAUAUGACCUAGGACUGGACAUAUGGACUUGUUUAACAUCAAUGCCACAAUUUUGUUUGAACAAUUCAUGUGAUAUUUAUAAUUUUUACCGUUAA